GUGACACACAGACCAGCUUUGAUUGGCUAUCCAAAUUUGUAAUGAAAAAAUAAAUUAUUCAUAAAUCGCAACCCCAAAAAUUAAAUCGGUGGGAAGAUAAAAAGACAAUGGAGGAUAAAGACAAUUCUUCGGCAGUUUUAGAUGUAUUAAUUGAAAAUAAAGCGGUGCCCAGUCUUCUGAAGGACGCAAUGGAAAGUGACCGUGCCAGCCUCUGUAGCAACUCCACAAUUGAUAAUUCCUUGGUGCAAUCGCCGAGCCUAGAAAGCUUCUCAACGAUACCGGACACCGAAGCUCUAUCUGAGUUAAACAUUGACGAAAAUUCCGACUUGUACAUCAAAGUCGACAAUCCCCAGAAGCACCUAGAUACCUUAGAGACCUAUAUCACCUUUCGUAUAACCACACGAGUUGCAAGGAUUGAAUUCACUGAAAACGAGUACGUUGUACGAAGGCGGUACAAUGAAUUCGCCUGGCUUCGUCAAAGAUUGCUCGACUGCCACCCAUUUUGUAUUGUUCCACCACUGCCCGCCAAACAUACGUUAAUAGGACAGCUAGAUCGAUAUGCCAAAGACUUUAUUCUGGUGCGGAUGAAACUAUUAAAUACGUUUAUUACGAGAGUAGCUCAGCAUCCUAUUUUAAGUUGUAAUGAACACUUGAAGAUUUUUUUAACUGCUAGUCAAGGUGAUUUUAAUUUACAUCGGAAACAACGGUCCAAUAUAAACAAUAAAAUCUUAAUGGGAAACACCUCAAACAUGCUAUCGACGCGUGCGUCAAUAAAAAAUCGUCACAUCGAAUUUGAGAAGGCAAGGGACUACUUAACAACACUAUCCGAGAAACUUGUAUCAAUUGAAAAAAUUGCAAGCAGGAUCAAUAAGGAGAGUCACGAGUACGUCAGCGAACUUCAAAGCUACUAUCCGAUUUUUUCGAAUUGGUCAAUGUCCGAACCGGAACUAUCGCCGAUAUUGCAAAAUAUCGCGAACGCCUUCGAGAAGUGCACGUUUGCUCAAAGCGCGCUGAUUUAUAGUUAUACGAAUACUGUAGCGAAUCCUAUCAAAGAAUUUUUAAUGUACAUAGACGUGAUUAAGGACACAUUACAUAAGCGUGACCUUUAUCAGCACAUCUAUAACACAUCUUUGGAUGAUCUGGAUAAGAAACGAACUGAAAAAGAUCAGUUGUUAACUGCACAAAAUGGAUCCCAUUCGAGCGGGUUCUCAUUGUGGAAACAGCCGAGCGUUGAUGAUAAAUUGGAAAAAUUAGGUGUUCACAUACCGCAUUUAGUUAAGAAGGUCGAAACCAAUCAAGACAAUUUAGAGUGUGCUAACGAGUCGUUGCGAAGUGAUCUGGAAAGAUGGCAGCAGGAUAAGCAAAGUUGUCUGAAGAAGAUUCUUCUCGAUUUCGUUAAUAAACAGAUCGAAUGUUAUGAGAAAAGUGUCGGUGCUUGGGAACACGUUACUGCCGAAUUGAAUUCGCAAAACGUCACAUUGCGUAGUACAAAAAAAUGAUUGUUAAGGAUCUCUUAAGUUUAAUUAUUUUUUUUAUCUGCUUAAGCUGUUCCUUGGUUUGUUUUAUGUAGCAAGUGUGAAAGUUGUUUCCGAAUAUGUGUUUGGAAAGGCGUUUGCUGUGUUUACAACAGUAUUAUUUAUUUCGUGAUUACGCGGAUGUAAAAAUAAUCAUAUCUGUUAUACUCAAUUAUAAACAUCACAAUGACAAUGUGCCUUUAUUACACAUGUUUUGGGGUCCAAAUGUGCUUAAUUAAAUUUUUUUCUUGCUUUAUGUGCGUGAUUGAUAUGAAUAAUAUUUGCACGGCCUGCGAAUUCAACCAUUACUCCUUACGCAAGUGGGAAUGACCAAAAAUUUUGAUGAGUGCACAAGGUCAAACCAUGACCAUGCAAAAUAACGUUUUAGUAUAUCUCAAUGGUUGUUUGUCUAUUUUUACUGUACUUUUACAUUUCUGCUAUUACAAACUUAAUGUGAAUAAUUAUCAAUGUUACUUAAUUAGUGUGUUAGCUAAGGCAGCUUAAGUAGAUAUUUCUAAAAAAAUUACAUUCCAAAUGCUUGUUCGAUGCAAGUUACUGUAUAUACUCACCUCACUUUAGUAUUAAUUAUUUAUAAUUGUUGCUACAAGAAAAAAUGUCCUAAAUAUUUAAAUUCUUUAAUAAACUUUGUUAUUGACAUAAAUAGGGCGCAAUUUGAUUACAAGAGUAACAAUAUUUGUUAUAUUUAUUGUUAUCAAAUGUUGCCAAAAUUUGACUGGUGCGUUCUUUUAGUGAUUUGUCACAGCUUCGAGUUUGCGUCGAUAUCCAAUGAGAAAAAUUUGUAGCUUCUGCAGAUCCAAGGCUUUCAAUUUCCUUUCUGAUCGGUACCUAAAAAUAAAUCUUUAAGUAAACUAUGCACUUAAUUAGAGGAAAUUAAUUUAAAAUUUGUCACACAUUCUGUGUGAAUUAACAACUUUAAUCGUGGUAUUUGAAACAGCAUGUAAUCACGUCUUGGGAGCGCAAAUGGUUGGGAAACAUAAUAAUAAUAAUAAUGUUAAUUCGUUUUCAACAAAAACAAAAUGUAACAAUAAAACUUAAAUAUAUCGAAAAUGUAUAAUAAACCAUAUUAAGUAA